UGAGACGCUAAUAUGACCAGCGUGUAUUGACGACGUUCACACUUGGAGAGACAUCCAUCCGUGUCGAAGAUGGUCCAUGGUACACAGCUCCGACCCCUGAAUCUAAUACUGCCGACCUUUCUUCAUUCGUCAACUGCAUGGGUGUCCACCUCACAGACAACUCUCGCCGCCAGCCAUAUAGCGCCAUGAAAGCGCGUCGCGAAGUGUGGGGAAGGAUCAAGAUGUCAGAGUUGGGAGUUCCUCUCGACCGUCUCUUCACAUCCAAUGGACAAGGCAAAGCAUUCUCGCUUGUGCCGGAACCACGCUCGUCUAUCCCCUUCCAGUGGGUCCACUUCGGCCCCGGCGCCAUACCGAACAUCCUCGCAAACACCCCCUGCACUGCACUGAACAUCCCAGAGGCGCUGGAUCUACUCAACGAUAUCCUCGGGACCAGCCACCUGCUAACUAAGCCAGGGCUGGAACGGUGCCUCGACCACUUCCUCCGCAAUUCGCAAGACUUCGGCCAAGUUUAUGGCUCCCUACGAUGCCACUGGCGAUCCAACUUCACUCGGCUGCUCUCCGACCUUGCUGAAAAACGAACGGAGGACGAAGCGACGCGGCGAAACGCCUUGGAUGGCGACCAUAUCAGCAACUCGCAGGUGCCUCCACGGCGUGUGUGGGACCUCUACAGUAAUCGUGUCUUCCCCUACUAUGCCAUUGAUCUAGAUGAGGCCUCCCACACCCUUUGGACGAUAUCGCACAGCUGGGUACGCGAAAGCGCUCGCACUGAUGUCUGGACCCCUAUCAACGGCUACGAGUGGCCCGUCUCCAUUCCUAAACACAAAGACGCCAGUCUUAAUCACGUUCGGGUCGAGCUCCUCAACCUCGGCGCCGAGUAUGUUUGGUUGGACGUCCUGUGCUUAAGACAACGGGGAUGUCCGGAGAACGAGGAGCUGAGGAAGGAGGAGUGGAAGCUCGACGUUCCCACCAUUGGCUAUGUGUACUCAUUUCAGUACAGGCCGUGCGUCACGUAUUUUAAUGGGCUGGGCCUUCCUUUCGACCCGUCCCCGCGAGCACUAGCUUCCACUCGCCACUGGUGCAAACGCGUCUGGACGGUGCAAGAAGCUACCGACAAUUGGUUACCUGGUGGAGCCACCGGAGCGACCUCUGAGGACACGCGGCGUUUCUUCCGAGAGCACCUCCCACGAUCCAUUCCACGCAAGGGUCUGCUGUUUCUAGACCACAUGGCCUUCGCGGUUCAGGCGAUGCGGGGGCGUCACAGCACCACAGAGCUCGAUAGGGUCCACGGCCUCGCGUACAUCCUGGAUUGCGAGACGCUGCCGAUUUAUGACGAAGGGAUAUCACCGACGCUCGCUUGGAUCGCGCUUCUCAAGCAUAUGAGCCCAUUUUCACGAUGGCGGGUCGCCUUGCGCCACGCAAAGCGUUACCCAGACGAUACCUCAUUACUCCCUUCGUGGCGGGACUUUAUGCGAUGCGGGAGGAAGGAUACUGUUCAUCCCUCAGAUUACCUAUGGAGCUACUCGGACCUGCGCCUUCUGGACCCGUCUCGCGUGCACAUGCUUGAGACAGGGGCCUAUUUUCAUAAGGCUAUUUACUUGUUUGGCCCCGUUGUUAUCAAUCGCGAAGGGAAAGAAGACGAGUCCGGCUAUGAGAAACUCAAGCUCCAAGCUGCAGGCGCAAGCGGCGAUCUCUCUUGCUAUGAAAUCCGAAAAUGCAAGAUCCGCGGUACAUUUUCGCGAGACGUGAAGCACGUCAUCCUGAAACUCGCCUCGGACGUCUGGGUUGUCGCGGAGGUGAAUGGGGAGCAGCAGGUUGAGGGUAAGCUGGAGCUGGAGGUGAUUAAGCGAGGAUGCAUAUUUUUUCCAUCGGACAAAACUCCACGCCUUCAAUGGAGUACACGAUGUGUCGUGUAUAUCUCAGAGGGGGAGGACCGACGGCGGAAAGUAGUGUUUCGCAGACCAGUCACGCUCUUUGGACAACGUUCGGGCAAUACUUCUGCGUCUGAUAACGCGCCCCGUCGUGCCCUGCGCGCGCACUCCCGCAUACGCACCUUUUCGCGCGACCGCUUGCACCAGGCACCCAACGUCACCGCAACUGGCGCGCCAUGAAGCUCCUCACCCGAUCGUACCACAAUGCUCUCUCGCCGCCUCUCGCCACAUCUACCGUGCUUCCAAUCCGUGUUGUCGAGUUGAAACACACCGCCGCCCCCUUUGCAUUGGACGCAGCGUGUUUAAUAAUUUCUUAUGCCGUUCUUUGCUUUGCCUGUACUUUUUUUUACUCGCUAGCCUAUACUAGGACAUGUUGUAGUACCAGGCAAAAGAUGCCAACGUUCGUCUUAUGGCC